UUAAAGUCGCGUUCGCGUCGAGUGCCGCUUGUGACCGUUGACUGCCGUUGCAUUACGGAUCCAAACAAAUGCUGCUGCCACUCUCCGGGUUGUGUAAGGAGGGCAUUCUUUUGUAGCUUUUAGUGCCAACAGCCACCCCGUCUUUGGAGUUUCGGCGGUCUUAACGGUGCAGCAGCAGCAGCAGGUGCACAUUGUAGAGCGAUUGUGUUCCUUCCACUUCGGAGCCUGCUUCACCAACACGUGUUUCCCUUAGUGCUACGUUGGUGUACUCGUUUUUAAUUAUUACGUCCCUCCGCUCGGCUCGGCUCGGCUCUGCCCUGCAUAUAAUCAUAAACAGUGAAUUGAACAGGAAGGAAGGUAGGUCCUGUAGGAAAUUAAAAAGGAUACCCUGCAGCCCUCUGUGGCCACACAAAAGCAAGUGCAAGAGCAAGGAACCUUUGCGGAAAAGAAAGGUGCGCUGAAAGGAGAGAGAAAAACGGAAAAGCCAUCGCGACCGGUUCCUGAUUCCAGGGGAAAACCCACCAGAACCAGGGCUAAGAGUGGUCAGAAUGUGUGGUAGCGUGAAAAAACUUUUCCCGGAUUGGUCGCCGUCGCAGCAGCAGCUGCUGCUGCUGCUAGUGGUACUGCUGGCCAUCCUCUACCAGGCACCUCAAGCAAACUGCGAUGAACCGAGGCGAGAUGCCAACUAUCCACCGCCGGAGUUGCUGGAGCGGAUGCGACCGAUGCAUGAUGCGUGUGUCGCCGAAUCGGGCGCCUCCGAAGAGGCCAUUAAGCGCUUCAGCGAUCAGGAGGUGCACGAGGACGAGGCGCUCAAGUGCUACAUGAACUGUCUCUUCCACAAGGCCGGCGUGGUGGACGAUAAGGGCGAGUUCCACUACGUAAAAAUCCAGGACUUUCUGCCCGAAUCGAUGCACCUCAUCACGCUUAACUGGUUCAAGCGAUGCCUGUACCCGGUGGGCGACACCCAGUGCGAGAAGGCUUUCUGGCUCAACAAGUGCUGGAAGGAGAAGGAUCCGGUCCACUACUUUCUGCCGUGAGGUGCGUGGUGCUUCGGUUUUCUUCCUUCCCCGGUCAAGCCCUCUGGUAUCGUUAUCGCUAGACCGUGAACUCGCGCUUUCCACCGGGAAUCAAUCAUUCGGGAUCGGUCAAACACAAUCGCUGAUGAAAAAUCCGAUCUUGUCCAAGUAUAAACGUUCUUCCAAGUCUUCAUCAAUCGUUUUCAUCGUGUGCCAAUUGAUUGUAAUGGGAACACUGAUAGUAAUUUAGUAAUCCACACAGUGCUACCCUUCCAAGGGUAUCCCUACCAGCGAGCACGGUCUAUGAAUAAAUUUAAAUGAAGCAAUAAAAAC